GACACAAACAUGUAUUGAAAUUGACAACAUUUUUCUUAUCUUCUCGUGUGGUGUGUGUGCAUAUGUUGUACUAGCCAACAGAGUUGCGAUUCAGCGGAGAUUAGACUCUGAAGCCACUUCAUUGAAUGGCUCCGUACGAGGUUCUUAGGUUUGUGUUUCUGGGUGUGGCAUUUCUUUGCGUGGCUCAGGCCCGCGUCCAUUACUAUGACUUUGUGCUGAGAGAAGCCAAUUUUACAAGGCUGUGUAGCACGAAGAGCAUGUUAGUUGUGAAUGAUAGUUUUCCGGGACCUGUAAUUCGUGUUUAUAGAGGAGAUACUGUGUACGUAAAUGUUCACAAUCAAGGGUAUUAUGGUGUUACAAUGCACUGGCAUGGAGUACUGCAACCAAGAAAUCCAUGGUCAGAUGGGCCAGAGUACAUCACACAAUGCCCCAUUCAGCCUGGUGCAAACUUCACUUAUGAGGUCAUACUUUCUACAGAGGAAGGAACCCUUUGGUGGCAUGCUCAUAGCGAUUGGACUCGGAACAGUGUUCACGGUGCCAUUGUUAUACAUCCGCCCGCCGGAAUUUGUUAUCCUUUUCCCACCCCUGAUGAAGAAGAAAUCGUCAUACUAGGCUCUUGGUAUAAAGGAGAUCUCUACGAAGAAGUUUUGGAGGAUCUCCAAACUGGUUUAGGCAUGCCACAGUCAGACGCUCAUCUUAUCAAUGGCCAACCAGGAGAUUUUUGCGAUUGCUCUAAUGGAACAACGUAUCGCAGGGCGAUUGAUUAUGGUAAGACCUAUCUUCUUCGCAUAGUCAAUGCAGGGAUGAAUGCAGAUAUCUUCUUUGCUAUUGCUGAACACAACAUCACAGUGGUUGGAAUGGACGGAAACUAUCUAAAACCUAUAGCAACACCUUAUAUUGUGAUUUCUCCUGGACAAACCAUGGACGUUCUACUCACAGCAAACCAGCCCCUUGGUCACUACUACAUGGCCACCAGAACAUAUUUUACUGGCUAUCAGAACUUUGACGAUUAUGACCAAACAAAUGCUACCGCGAUUUUAGAGUAUAGAGGCAAUUAUACCCCUCCGGCUUACCCUACCUACCCAGUUGACCUUCCUUCUUAUGAUGAUAUUAUCUCUGCAACGAAAUUCCUGUUCCUCCUAAGGAGCUUAGCAAGUCAUGACCACCCGGUGGAUGUACCGCAAAAUAUAACUACCAGUAUGUUUAUAGUAGUUUCUUUGAAUUUUGGUCUUGUUGCAAAUACUUCAUCUGAAGAGAAGCUUGCUUCCAGCUUAAACAAUGUUAGUUUUGCGAACCCUAAUAUCGAUGUGCUGCACGCCUAUUAUUGGAACAUGAGUGGGGUUUACAACGCUGAUUUUCCAGAUCAACCUCCUACUUACUUUAACUUCACAUCGGACGAGGAGAGUGAACUAACUGUUCUGGGGACUAAGGUGAAGAUGUUGAAUUACAAUGAAGCAGUGGAGAUAAUAUUCCAAGGGACGAAUAUCAUGAAUGCAUCAGAGUCUCACCCGAUGCAUUUGCAUGGUCAUGACUAUUAUGUGGUCGGAUCAGGAGUUGGGAAUUUUGACCCAGAGGUUGACCCCAAAGGGUACAAUUUAGUUGAUCCACCUCGAGUGAAUACAUUUGCGGUCCCUAAGGUUGGAUGGAUGACCAUCAGAUUUGUGGCCAAUAAUCCAGGUGUAUGGUACUGGCAUUGUCAUUAUUCUCGACAUCUGAGUUGGGGUAUGAGUACAGUUUUUAUAGUGAAGAAUGGUGGCACUCCAGAAACGAGUAUUCGUGAUCCCCCAGCUAAUUUACCUCAAUGUGAAGUUUCAUUCAUUGACGGGCUUCAAGAAUUUUAUCAUUCAGAUGGCGGAGAACUAUACGAAAAAGAUGAAAACUAAUUGAAUGCUGUUGAAGUUAUAAAAAUGAACCAUUCCUUAAAGUAAUUAUUUAAGUCUUUGUAUUCAUGAAUUUAAAGUUGGAACACAAUCAAAAUAGCCUCAGUUAGAAGCAGUGUUUCAAAACAUGAACUGAACAGAUUGAUCCAAUUAUUGGGAUGGUCACAAGCAGGUUUUUUUUUUUUUUUUUUUUUUAUAUGGAGGACAACUAUUAGUACUUAUUCAUAUAUUAUUUUACUAUAUGGUUUUCUGAUGAGACCCACAAAGGGACCGAUGAUGGAAGACCCGUCUCCGCAUCCACAUCAACACAAACUCUCACGAUGAAAAAUAAACACACACACACACACACACACACACACAUAUAUAUAUGUACAUAUCAAACCUGAAGAAAUUUCAAAAUUCCACAGAUGAAUUUUCUCCAAACUCGCAAUAAUUGCAAUGGCUUUUCUAUGGAGUAAAGGCAUACCCCACUUCAGAUCAUACCCUGUCCUCAAAACAACUG